UCUUUCUCAGAUAUCAAUGAAUGCUAUAAAAAUAAUGAUUGUUCUCAAAUAUGCACAAACAUAGAAGGUUCCUAUAGAUGUUCCUGCUAUUCUGGCUUCACUUUCAACACCACUAGCAAUACUUGUCUAGGUAAAGAAAUUUUUUCUAUUUUGAUAAUGUAAUUAUCUAAUUGUAUUUUGGAAAUUUAUUUCAUAUUUUUUCUUAAAUAUUCAAAUUAAAGAAUUACAUAAAAUAUUUAAAGAAUUACAUAUAUCUUAGUGUUGAUUUUUUCCAUUAAAAAAAAAUAUUUUGCUUUGUAUUCUUUAAAGAUAAUUUAAUAAUAUAAAUGUUACCGGCAAUGUGUUAAAUCUGGCAUUAUAUAGAAUGCCUAGUAAUUAUAUAUAAUGCCUAAAAAUUGUAGGCAAAGUAUGAAAUGGUUUAAAUUUCACACAUUUCCUAGGCGUUCUAUACAAUAUUGAAGAGCGACCCAGCAAUAAAUAGAAUACCCCGCCAUUAAUGUUUGAUUCUUUGCUUUGGUGGUGGCGUGGCGAUCGCGAAACAAGUGUUUCAUACUCCCGCCAAAGACGCUUCACCUAGUGUUUCAAGAUGGCUGCUGAGAUGUUGGAAGAUCAGAUUGUAGCUUCAGAUCAGGAAUCAUGGUAUGUUUACAUGCAACGGCGGUUCUACGAUGAACUUUACGAGCCAAUACUGCAUUUCUCUCAAGGAAAAUAGUUACCAAAAAUUGGUGGAUGAUGUGAAAAUGGCUCGGAUGACAACUCGGCUGCUGAAACGCUAUGAUGUAAUUGCGGUAGAGAACAAAAGUAAUUUGAUUUAUCCUGUUAAAGAAGGUGACAGUGCUAUUCAGUUCUAUGUCACUGAUUCUGAAUUAUUUGAUGUACUUCACAAAGCUCAUUUGGGCGUGAGACAUGGAGGAAGUGACAGAAUGUUUAAAGAACUUUCAUACAAGUUUAAGAACAUUACACAUUAUGAUAUUGACCUUUACUUCCACCUUUGUGAGCUGUUCCAGAAGAAAAAAACAUGUCAAAAAGGGUGUUGUGGCGAAGCACAUGAUUUUUUCUGAAUUCAACUGCCGUGGUCAGGUCGAUCUUAUCGAUCUUCAGUCCCAUCCUGACAGGGAAUAUAAAUUUAUAUGGGUGUACCAAGAUCAUCUCACAUAGUUUUUGGUUGUGAGGGCUCUAACAUCAAAGAAUGUGGAAGAGAUAGCCUACACUCUUGUGGAAAUAUUUACGUUGCUUGGAGCUCCAUCAAUUCUACAGUCCGAUAAUGGCCGGGAAUUUACGAACAAUGUGGUAAACAGCCUAAAGGAGUACUGGCCCAAGUUGAAGAUGGUCCAUGGUAAACCGCGCCACUCACACAGUCAGGGCAGUGUUGAAAGAGCUAAGCAAGACAUCGAAAACAUGCUAUGUGCUUGGAUGCAAGAUGAAAAAACUGACCACAGGACUGAGGGAUUAGGAUUCAUCCAACUUUUGAAGAACAGGGCCUUUCAUUCUGGGAUUAAGAGAACGCCUUAUGAAGCUCUGUUUGAUUGCAAAGCUAAAGUGGGCCUCGCAACGUCUUCCUUACCCCCUGAAGUUUUGCAAGACAUACAGACUGAGGAAGAACCAGAAAAAAAUAAUAGAAAGUGUAAAAACAACACAGUAGGAAGAAGCAAAUCGUCAGAUGCAAGAUACAGAGCCUACUAUACAGAAUACUGAAGAGAAUGCAACCAACAAUGGAGGAGAAGAAACUGAUUAAUGUGUCAUGGUUACCGACGAGCCUUCCACUUCUGGUGUUUGUUGUGUCUGCUGAAAAGAAAGCAGCGGUGCCCAUACAUGCGGAAACGGUCACUGUAAUGUUAAUGUUAUCUGUGGGGAUGCUGGAGAGGGGGAAAUAGAAGGUUAAAGUAUUGGUAUUUUGUGCAGCUUGUGUUUCAAGAUAAAGAAAGCUGUAGAGGCUAGAAAAGAAGAUUAAUCAAACCUUGAAAUCCAGGCCAAAAAAUGAAAAUAAACUCUGACAAAAAAUUCCCUCCUGCACCUUUAGAAGCCACUGUGCGAGUUCCUAUUCUUGACGUUGACAAGGGAUGGGGUGACUCGUGUAAUCUGUUGGCAGUUGUUUUGAUGGAGACAGAAGACGGCUUUUACCCACUUAGAACUGCACAAGGAAUCUUGAAACAAUUGUAUUCAAGAUCACAGUUUGCUGUAUGUCCAAAAGAUUUAUUGAGAGUUGAAGACGUCCCUGCCCAUGAAAUACCUCUCCAAUCUCUCAGUCAACAGGAAGCGGUCAAGGAUACGUGAGGUGUAUGUGCAAGAUCAGGUGCAAAAACAUGAAGUGUCUUUGUUUGAAAAAAGAAAAUUAGGUACAAUUCAAAAUGCCACUCCAGCCUUACAACAAUUAGCUCGAUGACACCCUUGCUUUCCGGUUUCAUUGUUAUCUUUCAUUUUCAAAUAUGUUUUUCCAAUAAAAACAUUUUUAUUAUGCUCUUUUGAAACUUUGCCUGAAGUAUAUUUGUCAUUAUAUAUAAUACCUAGGCAAUGUAUAAAAUGCCUAGGCAAUGUAUGUAACUUAAUCACGAAAAUAAAAUAUUUCAUACUUUGCCUAAAACCGCAAGGCAUUCUAUAUAGUGCCUAAGCAUCCUAUACAAUGGCAAUGCCUGCAUUUCACACACUGCCGGUAACCUAUAUAUUUCAUUAACUAAGCUAUUUGUAUUGCUCUAUGUAAUAUAUAUAAAUACAUAUAUAUGUUAAAAUAUUUGGUAUUCCUAUUUAUUUCUUGGAGUAAGUGAAACUUUAUUUUAUGAAUUUUAUUAUUUAAGUCAGUAAAAAUUAGUAUAGGUUGUUUCAAUUUUUUUUAAUGACUAAAGGAAAAACCAUGAAAUAUGAUUACAAUGGCAGAAAAUUAAUAUCAAAUAACAUUUAGUUAAAACUAUGUUCAAAUUGACCAACUCAACAUAUGGAUGUGUAUUCAUAUUAAUUUUAAACUAAAAAAGUAAGAAUCUUAAAUUUCAAAAUCCUUAAAAUUCUAAAAGACACAUUUUAAAAUCUCCAUUCUGACUUCAAGAAACAUAUUAUUUUCGACUGCAAACUAUUUCUUUCUUUUGCAUUCUUUUUUUAAUGUUGCAAAAAUAUAUUUGUAAUCAAAUUUUACUGUCAAUAAUUAUGUUUGUUCUAAAGGGAUUUUAAGUAAGGCAUACACAAGAAAGAAUUUGUGAUGAAUUCUACAACCCUUCAAUAAAUAUUUAAAAUAACUCAGGGCUGAGCCUUUAUUUCUCUUCUUUAAUACAUUUUUAUUAUUUUGUCUUUUUAAUGAAAUUAUUCUCAAUUAAUUGUAACAUUAAUUCAUGAGAAUAAUUUUAAAUAACAAAAAUAAUAAAAUCAGGUAACUCUUUGUUAAUCUUGAUGCAGCUCAUUAUCUAAAUAUUCAUAAAGAUUAACUAUUGAUGUAAGACAAAACAAAUAUAUUCAUACCUAAAAAGUCAUCCCCUUAUUUAAGACAUUAUUCUUUUUAUAUUGAUUCUUAACAGACGUGGAUGAAUGCAAAUUAGGGAAACAUCAGUGUGACCAAAUCUGCACUAACACUGAUGGGAGCUAUCAUUGUUCAUGUACAGAUGAACUUGUCCUACAACUGGAUGGUGUUUCAUGUGGCGGUUAGUUUUAUUCUGUUUUACAUAAUGGGCUAACUUUGGGUGCAAGUUCAAGUUUCAGUAAGUUAGUUCGUUUGAAGUUGGAGUUUGGUUUGAUUAUUUCCCUUUUGAGUUACUAAUCAAUGUUAAAAAAUUUCUAAUGUAAGGAAUCGUGAAAUAGUAAGAUUGAUGUAGUAAAGAAAUGUAGUAAAGAAAAUCCACAUUAUAUUAAUAGCUUUUUGGCCUGUCAAAUAAAUAAUAAAUAUGAUUUUAGAGUGUUUUUGAAAAAAAGAAUACUUAUUUCCUUACAACAAGAAGUUGUUGGUGGUUUCUUUUUUUCUUAAUUUAUUAAAACUUUUUAAUAAUUUAAUAUUGCCAUAUUUUUUUGUGUGAAAUGCCUAGUAAGCAUGAAUGGCUAACUUUAUAGUUUAUUCACUUAUGACAUUUCUAAAAUUGAUAUACUAUUGAAAGAACAGUAUAAUUAGUAAACAAUUGAGAAUUUUAUUUUUAGAAAUAUUAACAUACGUGUUUCAUGCAUUAUGUUCAUUAAAAUAUGAAAUAAUAUUUGUCAUUUUAUAAAUGAGGCAUGAAAUUUCAAGAUAUAAUUAUUUAAAUUUUGAGAUCACUGUAAUUUUUCUAUUUAAAUAUUUUUUAUUCUCAGUUGAAAAUCCAUGUACAUCAAUCUCUUGCACUGAAAAAUGUGCCAAAAUUAAUGGCAUUGAUACUUGUUUAUGUGGGAAAGGCAAAGCACUAGCAAGGGACAAAACUUCAUGCGAUGGUAAAUGGUUUUAUAAUGGUGUAUAAAGUUGUGGAAAAGUCAGAUCAAAGAAUAUAAACUGUAUGUUGAUUUGGCCAGAGUAGCUUACGAUAACCAGAAAUGCUUUAAAAUAUUAAACAAAAUUAAAUGUUGCUACUUUCUCAAGUGAAAACUUGUUUUUUUUUUAAUAUAAAAUUACUUUUGUAUACAUGUUAAAAAGUAUUACCAUCAUAGUUUAUGUAGUAAUAAAAAUUAACUUUCAUGUUUAUAAAUUUUUAAAAGAAAAUUACAGACAAAUAAUAUUUAAUACCUAUAUUACCUCAUUAUUUAAUCAUGCUAACUGUCAUUAGGCAAGGGGCCUUUAAAGUUGCUUUUAAAAUAUUCAAAGAGAAAAAUGUUAAUAGAACUAUUUUAUUUAAAUAUUACAACCAAACUUUUUGCAACCUUUUAAAUUCUUUGAUUACCAUUUGCUUAUAUUCAGAUGUGAAAAAAACUACAGAAAAUUAUAAUUAAAACAUUUCUUGUAGACCUAGAUUUGUGCAAGACAACCCUAUGCACUGAAGGAUGUGUUGAAACUAAGGAAAAUAAAACUUUUGAAUGUUUAUGCAACAUUGGUAAAUACUUGGCAGCUGAUGGAAUCACUUGCACAGGUAAAUGAGGAUAAAAAAUUAAUCAAUAAAUCAUCAUUUUUAAUAAAUUUUUCAUAGUUUCAUAGACUUAAAAAAAGGAAAAUACAUUACGUAGUUAUGUUAAAAUCUGCCAUUGAAAAAAUCUCCCAACCUUUAUUUAGUUCAUUGGAUAUUACUUAGUUUGAAAUGGUAAAGUCCAAAAAUGUUAAAUUUUAUUCAUUAUUUCUAAGUAAAUGUAUUUAUUAAAGUUCUUUAGUUAAUGCCAAUAUAUAAUGAACUUCAUAAAUAUAAUUUCAAUUCAGAGUGCAUUGAUGGAAAAUAUGGAAUAAACUGUAAUAAAAGUUGCACCUGCCAAAUGGCAAAUUCCAAAACUUGUGAUAAUGUCAAUGGAGCCUGCAUUUGUCUUCCUGGCUGGAAGGGAGAGAACUGUACUAUUGAUGUGGAUGAAUGUUCUGAUGACUCAGUUUCAUGUCCAGAACAUUCUUACUGUCUUAAUACAAAUGGAUCUUAUGUCUGUGUUUGUAAUGAUGGUUUCAUACAGAAUGGAAAUAUAUGUGCAGGUUAGAAUUCAGCAUACUUAAUGAACCUGAAAAAUGUUUCUAAAAUGUUAAAUAGAUAUUUGUAUUACCAUUAUUAUUUUUUUUUUUCAAACUUGUAUGUUGGCGUAACAUUAUUAAGACAAAUGAAGUUUAUUUAAUAUCAAUCAGACAUAUAUAUCAUGUUGAAUAAUUGUUUUAUAUUUAUGUUAUCUUUAACAAUUUUAACUUUAAAAAAAAAAUUCUUCUAGACUUAGAUUUGUGUAAGCUCAGUUCAUGUACUGAAAGUUGUGUUGAAACAAAAGAAAACACCAGCUUUCAAUGUUUGUGUAACAUUGGUAAAUAUUUAGCAUCUGAUGGAUUCACUUGUACAGGUAAAAAAAGAUUGAUUAAGCAUAAAGUAAUGUUACUUUUCUUUCAAUAAAUAUAAAAAAAUUUAAAGAAUUUUGAUAAAUUCUGCUUUGGGUACCUUAGAGCAGGCCUUCACAACCACAAAUUUAGGGCGGGCCAUAAUUCUUUAUGAAAAACUUGUGCGGGCCAAAAGAUAACAGGACAGGGAGGAAAGCUAUAAACAAAAAUAAUAAAGAGUAUUUAGUUACUUCCCGGGCCGCAAAUUGGGUGCUGGUGGGUAGCAUGUGACCACUGGCCAUAAGUUGUGCAAACCUGCCUUUGAGCAUGGCUCUUGAUGCCUAUUUUUUUUUGGGGGGGGGGGAACAACAUGUUUAAUUCUUUUUAAAAUAAAAAAAAAAAAUUAAUAAUGAGCAAAUUAUAUCCAUUCAGAGUGCAUUGAUGGAAAAUAUGGUAUGAACUGUAACAGUAGUUGCAGUUGUGAAAGGUCAAAUACCAAAACUUGUGAUAAUAUCAAUGGAGCCUGUAAGUGUCUUCCUGGCUGGAAGGGAGAUAACUGUGCUACUGAUGUAGAUGAAUGUGCUGAUAACUCAGAACCAUGUCAAGAACAUUCUCACUGUGUAAACACAAAUGGAUCUUACGUCUGUGUUUGUGAUGAUGGAUUCAUUCUCAAAGAGAAAAUUUGUGGAGGUAAGAAUUUGAUGUUUCAUUGGCUGGUUUUAUCUUUUAAUAUAGAUUAAUGCAUAAUGAAGCCAUAUACUAUAUCACUUUUUUCUUUGUCCACCCAUUUCACAAGACAAAUUACUUUAAGUUAUUGUAGUUCUUAUAGAGUAAUGUUACUAAAUUAUUCAUGAUCAAUUUAAAAGAAAAAAUAUUUAAAAGUAUUUCAUUUCUGCAUGUGCCAAAGUUAAAAAAUUAUUAUAAUGAUUAGUUUAGUUUGAAAAUACUUAUUUUAAACUAAAACAGAUAUAUAUAUAUACAUAUGCAUAUAUAUAUAUAUAUCUAUCUAUCUAUCUAUCUAUCUAUCUAUCUAUCUAUCUAUCUAUCUAUCUAUCUAUCUAUCUAUCUAUCUAUCUAUCUAUCUAUCUAUCUAUCUAUCUAUCUAUCUAUCUAUUAUAUAUAUUUAAUUGCUUCUUUCUUGGUGCUUAAACAAUGUGAGAUGUCAGUUUGCACAUUAUUAGCACCUACAAAAAUAUUUCUUUCUUUCACUCAAACUCUUUAAAUAACUACACAAGCUAAAUAAUUUUGACAAAUACUUAUAAAUCUUAAAAGUAAAAAAGUUCCAUUGAUAAAAAAUAAAUUUUAAAUAUAUCCUACUAUACAAGGAUUAGAAUGAUAGAAUAUGAUAACACCUCCAAGCUUAUUAAAUUUUAUUAUUGGGAACAAUUUGUAAUGUAACCCUAAAAAUUGUAUCUUCUACUUUAAAGUUUAAAAACAACUCUGUUCUUGUACAUGUUAUUAUGGGAUGCUGUUUUCACACAGUCCUUAAGAUAAAUAAUGUUGGAGAAGUUUUAAAAUAACUUUAAUAAAUUUGAGUUGCAUUUUUUAAAUUGUUUUGUUUUAAUAUUUUAAGUUCCAAAAAUUUCUUUAUGUCAUCAUUGUAACAUGGUUUGUCAAAUUUACCCUAUUAAAAAUAUUUUUUUUCCAACAGAUCUUCCAUUCAGGCACACAGUUUCAUUAAUCUUAACAAUAGAUUAUAACUUGACAGGCUUUGAUAUAUCAAACAAAAAUUCGGAUAAUUACCUGAAGCUUUCAGAAGCAGCACAAAAAGGGGUAUGAAAGCCUUUAAAAAUCUUUUUAUGUAUACAAUUUAAAAUAAAUAAUAAAUAUGAAUGAUUUUAUAACUUCUUAAAUGUCUAUCAAAUCCAAUUUUAUGAAUUUUUAUACAGAUGAUUAAUAAUAUUUGAAGAAAAUCUUAAUUUUCGCUUUAUUGAAUGUUCAGUGCACAUGCUUUUAAAUACUAUACAAAAAUUCCAAAAAUGUUAAUGAUUUUUCCGUUUCAGUUGCUAGAAGUAUUGAAAAAGGAGGCAACUGUCAUUUUAGUGACUAUAAUGAAUCUAAGGUACUUCUCUUGUCAUUUCUCAUGCUAUAUUUUUAUAAUUCAAAAUUUUGAAAGAGAUAUGUUCAGAAUAAAAUUUUAAUUAUUUUAAGAUGUUACAAAUUUCUUAAAAUCUGAAUAUCUGAUCCUCAGACAUGGAAGCCUUAUCAUUAAUACUGAUAUUACCAUGGCAACCAAUAACACCACUGAUAAGGCUAGUGAAUUGAAGUUAGCCAUGGUGUUAGUGGAAAUUUUGAAAAAUGGAAUUGGCAUCACAAUAAACAACAUAAAUGGCAAAAUAUUACAUCUGAUAAUAAGUGGUGUAGAAAGUGAGUCUUUAUUUUUUAAUGACUCAUUAUUUGUAAUGCCCAACAUUCUUUUAUAACUAUUUUACCUACAUUUAUCAAAAUUAGGAAUAACCAGAGUAAAUGUAGUGAAUUCAUUUAAUUUAGAAUUCAAAACUAAAUAUGGAAAAAUGGAUUACCAGUUUAAUAUUAUUACUUCAUUUCAUUUAAUAUUUCUUUGAGUAUCAUUUAAUAAAGCAAAUAUUUUGUGAAAAAUUACAUGAUAUAAAGCAAUAAAGCAUUUAUUAUGAAUAUAUUAUUUAAUAGAGGAAAUAUACUCAAAGUAAAUACACUGUUGCCUAAUCUGAAUCGAUCUUUGAUUCACUCUAACAAUCUUUCCAUCUUUAUUUAUUAAGUCCUAAAGGAUGACACACCCUGUAAUAUAAAAAGUAAGCUGGAUCCAUGUGCAGCUUCUGAGACAUGUAAAGAUGAAAAAGAAGAAGCUGUUUGCAGGUUAGUCAACUUGCUUUAA